AUGGAAAAGGUGAGUACAAUUCUUUUGUUUGUUGUACUAGCUGUAGUGCAUGCAAGUGCAGCACGUACGAUUCCAAAUGGAGAAGGUGGCCAUGAAGAAAAGAUGGGUGAGGUGCAUGCAAAUCUUCCAGCACAUGCAGUAAGUUCAACUGGUAAGGGUGUUGAUGACAAGAAGAAUUUCUUGGUUGGUGGUGUUGGUGGAGUUGUCGGUGGCUUUGCUGGGAUUGGUGGGGUUGGUGGUGGAAUUGGGAAGGUUGGUGGAAUUGGUGGUGGCAUUGGGGGUGGAAUUGGGAAACUUGGUGGGAUAGGUGGUGGGAUAGGAAAGUUUGGUGGGAUUGGGGGUGGAGCUGGAAUUGGUGGUUACCAUGGUAUUGGUGGUGGUAUUGGGAAGUUCGGUGGGAUAGGUGGUGGAAUAGGAAAGUUUGGUGGCCUUGGUGGUGGUGCUGGAAUUGGUGGCUUCCAUGGGAUUGGUGGUGGAGCUGGAAUUAUUGGUGCUCACCAUGGCAUUGUUGGUGGAGCUGGUAUCGGUGGCGUCCAUGGGAUCGGUGGUGCAGCUGGAAUUGGUGGGCUUGGUGGUGCAGCUGGAAUUGGUGGCUUCCAUGGGAUUGGUGGUGGUGUUGGAGUUCUUGGUGGUCACCAUGGAAUUGGAGGGUUAGGUGGUGUUGGGGGUUUAGGUGGGGUUGGUGGUGGUGUUGGAGGUUUGGGUGGGGCUGGAGGAGUGGGAGGUUUGGGUGGAGCCGGAGGAGUGGGAGGUUUGGGUGGCACCGGUGGUGGUGUUGGCGGCUUGGGUGGUGGCGGUGGAGGUUUAGGUGGUGGUAGUGGUGUUGGAGGAUUGGGUGGUGCUGGAGGAGUAGGAGGCGUAGGUGGUAACGGAGGAGUUGGAGGCGUGGGUGGUGCCGGAGGCUUAGGUGGUGGUAGUGGUGGUUUGGGUGGUGGUAGUGGUGGUUUGGAUUGCGGUGGUGUCCACCCUUGUCCUUGA